UCCAAACGAAAGAAUGGAAAAAACUCGUUGUUAAGAUAUCGACAAAGCGUGUUCGUUAUCGCUUCAAUAAGAUAAAAGCGCGCGUUUACCUGCAAAAUUGAAUCGAUAGUUUCUUAUUUUUAUUCUUUUACAACGAUACGAACGAACAACUUAUUAUUAUUAUUAUUAUUAUUAUAUUCGUACCAGAACGUGUAGGAAAGAUGUUUUAUGCGAGAAAUGCGUCACAAGGAGCAGAUCGUGUUCGAUACAGAACGUUCGUUUCGAGUGUAUCGCUGGAAAUUCCCGUGACACCUUCACAGGGGAAGAACGAUUACGUUACGGGGAAAGAAAAUUGUACGUGUAUAAUAUGAAAUUGAUGACGUUGCGGUUUAUAUCGUCAUGUGUUACUACACGUGUUAAGCAAGUAAAAGAAUUAAGAGUAAGAGGAUCGUUGGAGUACCUGUGACCUCCACAGAAUUCCUCUAUAGAGAAGCGAACAGCGCUACAUUGGUCCAGUCUUUCUUAAAGCAUCGUUGAAUUUGCACACAAGCCGCGCGUUAAGUCAGUAAGUCGUGAGAACAGGAGAAAGAAAACGCGGCGCGUCGCGUCGUUUAGUUUUGUUCUUUUGCUUUCUCAUUGUCGGACUAAUCGGCUGGCGUAAUAUUAUGCGCGUGUAUUGUUAAGAUCUAUCGAUUAUCGAUGCUGGUAGUUUUGUAAUCGAAAAUAACAAGGAAUAUUCAAGCACUUAUCUCGGUUAAUUAUCCCGAGAACAAACUGUUGAUUCAGCAAGCUAAUGGAUCAAGAAUGACACACUGGAAGAAGGUAUUAUUGCUUCUCAUAAAGGUUUCUCUGUUGCAUCGUAGUUGCCUGUCAGAAACGAUUAUAACAGCGUACAGUGAUUUCGAUUUUGAGCACAUCGAGCCGGAGAUAGCCGACGAAUUGAACUGGACGGAGCAUCCUUGCCGGCGAACUUGCUCAGAUGAUGCACCACCGAUGGAAUGUCAUUACACGUUCAGAUUGGAAGGUUAUCGUACUAUGAGCAAAGCGUGCUACGACUGUCCGUUCAAUCUUACGGACUGCUUUCGGAAGCAUUGUAUUCCAGCCGAUGGUGUUAAAAGAUCAAUUUUAGUGGUUAAUCGGCAGAUGCCUGGACCGCCUAUCGAGGUGUGCCAAGGUGACAGAGUAAUCGUUGACGUGAUAAAUAUGUUGCAUUCCGAAAGUACCACGAUGCAUUGGCACGGACAGCAUCACGUGAAAACGCCGUACAUGGAUGGCGUUCCUUACGUUUCUCAAUGCCCGAUCUCGCCAGGUUCCACAUUUCGAUACGAUUAUAGCGCAACAGAGGCUGGUACACAUUUCUGGCAUUCGCAUUUAGGUUUUCAACGUGGCGAUGGAGUAUUCGGUGCGUUGAUUGUACGCGUACCUCCAAAAAUAAAUUGGCACUACGAUUUAUACGAUAUCGACCAACAUACCAUACUCCUCUCCGAUUGGACUCACGAAUUGGGAAUUGAUAAAUUUUUGAACCAUCAUCACGCUUCCGGCGACAACAAGCCGCCCAAUCUGUUGAUCAAUGGUCUCGGUCGUUUCGCAGUGUUUCGAAAUAAAAGCGAAACUGGCAACGGCAAAGACAACGGGAACGCUUCUACCAUGAUGCCGGUCGCAACGUUUACCGUUAAGCGGAAUACAAGAUACAGGUUCAGGCUGAUUAACGCCGAAUUUCUCAAUUGCCCGAUCGAACUAUCGAUCGACAACCAUACUAUGCGCAUACUUAGCUCGGAUGGACGCGACGUUGAACCUAUCGAAGCGGAAUCUCUUGUUAGUUACGCCGGCGAAAGGUUUGAUUUUGUCGUUGAAACGAAUCAAAGUAUAGACAAUUACUGGAUUCGAUUUCGGGGACUAAUGGAUUGCGAUGAAAGAUUCACCAAGGCGUACCAAGUUGCUAUAUUACGAUACGAAGGUGCCAAUGAUCAGGAUCCGAAAGAUGUAGUUACGUACGAACGCGAAUCCAACGAUUCUUUAGGUCUGCUGCAAGUGAAUGCUUUAAACGAAGGUACGGAAACAAACGGAAGCCUGAGUAUACCGCUGUUGAGAGCUAUGGAUGGAAACGACCAAUCUAAUAUCCAACUUCCGGACUACCAGUUUUACGUUUCUUAUGAUUUUUACAAGAAAAAUAAUCCUCAUUUUCAUCGUGAAAUGUUGUAUGCGUUCGAUCAAGUGAAAUCUAAUGCGCGGCUACUCACGCCCCAACUGAAUCACAUCUCGAUGAAACUACCCUCCGUACCUCUCUUAUCUCAAAGAAACUCCAUCGAUCAGAAGCAAUUUUGUAACGCGAGUACCGUCACAGACUGCGAACGAGAUUAUUGCGCUUGCACUCAUGUGCUCCGUGUCAAACUCAACAGUGUGGUCGAAGUGAUUUUGGUCGACGAAGGUUUUGCUUACGAUGCGAAUCAUCCGUUUCACCUUCAUGGAUAUCAGUUUCGCGUAAUUGCUAUGGAAAGAAUAGGAAAAAACAUCACUGUCGAAAAAGUAAAAGCAUUGGAUAAAAAAGGAGCGAUACGCAGAAACCUCGACCAUGCUCCUCUGAAAGAUACCGUAACGGUACCGGACGGUGGUUACACCAUCCUACGAUUCUAUGCCAAUAAUCCGGGCUACUGGUUGUUUCAUUGUCACAUUGAAUUUCACGCGGAAGUUGGAAUGUCGUUAAUCUUCAAAGUCGGUGAACAUCAAGAUAUGCUGCCUGUUCCACGAAAUUUUCCUUCCUGUGGUAACUGGCAACCAAAAAAUGAGCAAGCUACUGCCAUUGAUUUACCAGAUACUUCUAAUAAUGUUACUACGUACUCGCCGAAAGAUAUCGCCAAUACUUUGGCGAACAAAACUGUUGAAAAUGACGUACGACAACUUGUCAAACUAUUGCCGCAAAUUUUACGAAUGUUGCAAAACUCGUCUUCGUCACGCAUCUCGAUCGUUUCCUAUUUUUUCUUUUAUUUCUGUGCUAUCCAUGCUAUCAUUUAACUUCGAAACCUAACAUUUACAACAUUUGCAAACGUUCGUCAAAUUUUAUGUACUUAAUAGAACAAGUUUUAUGUACUUAAUAGAUCGAUUCUUGCUGGGCACAUCUUUCACAGGGUCGACAAUUGUCAUGUAUAUACCAAUAUUGAAACGUAUCACCGAUCUUUCGGAUCCAUUUCAGACCAAAAACAAAACUUAUGUAUUUUACUUUUCUACGAUCUUACUUCUAAUAAUCUUCAGCUAUCGACUGAAAUGAUAUAUUUCAUUGUAAGUAUUAGAUACGAUAGGGUAGGAUGAUAGGAUAGGAUAAAAUAAGACACGUACGUAAUAAAAUUUAAAUUGACAAAAAUUUAAACAUGCCGCAGAGCGAAUGAAUUAUUGUUUCAUUUUUAUACGACUAAACGGGACGCAACACACAUAUCUGUUUUGCGUUCUAAUUCGAAUUAAAUUUAGCUUAUUUUUUAACAAUUAUCUACUAUGCUGUGAUAUAAUUAUGCUAUAUAGGUAUGCCCGUCAAGAUUGAAAUGCUAUUUAAAACGACAACCACUACUUUGUUGUGCGUGUAUUACAACAAUUUUAUGUGACGGAUUGUACGAACCAAUUGGACAUGUAUGAACGAAUGGCCACACUGUUAAAUAACUGCGAAUAUUACUUUUGCUACAUGUAAUUGUCAAAUUUUAUAUUAACUUUUUCAUAAAUCGAUGCACAAUA